CAUCCAGCCUUGGCCUGUUUUCCGCCCGCCUUCUGUGGUUGAAAAAGGACACGAACUCGGCUUCUUUGGGUAUCUGCGGGAGCAGAGGCUUUGCAGUGGGGGUGAGAGCACUGGGGACACGGCUCCGGGAGGCCUGGGGCCCUGCCAGAUCCGAAGGGGACAUAAAUUGUUAAUUCAUCGACUUCUGAGUUUCACAGCAGUGAAAAUGCAAGGUUAAGCCUGUGUCACCAUAUCGCAGAUGCAUUUGUUCAGCUGAACCUUUUCAUUUCUUCACAUUCUUCAAGGAGCUGCAGAAAAUGAACAUAGUGCAGGGAUCCAUGUCAUUCGAAGAUGUGAUUGUCAAAUUUACUCAGGAUGAAUGGCAGUACAUGAGCCCUGCUCAAAGGACCCUGUACCGAGAUGUGAUGCUAGAGAACUACAGCCACCUCAUUUCAGUGGGGUAUUGCACCGCCAAACCUGAGAUGAUCUUCAAGUUGGAGCAAGGAGAAGAGCCCUGGUCCUUAGAGGAAGAAUUCCUAAACCAGAGAUACCCCGGAUAUUUCAGUGUUGAUAUUCUCAUUGAAGGGAACCCGGAAAAACAAGUGAAACCUCUGUGGCAAGUAAUAUUCACUGAUAACAAAACACUGAGUAAAGAAGGGCAGAAAGUUUUAGAAAAACCAUUUACUCUGGAUAUAAUUCCAAAUUCUUUUGGAAAAAUGCCCUGUAAAUGUGACUCAUGUAGAAUGAAUUUGCCAGUUGUUUCUGAAUUAAUUAUUUGUGAUAGAAACUAUUCAAGAAAGAAGGCUGAUUACAUGAAUGUAUGCAAAAAGUUGCAGCUUGAUAUUAAACAUGAGAAAACUCAUACUGGAGAGAAAUCUUAUGGUUAUAAGAAAAACAUGAAACCUCUCAAUAAUAGGAAAGAUCAUCAGAAAUUUCAAAGCCUGGAGCAGUCUUUUGAAUGUAAUGAAUUUAGGAAAGUUUUACAUGAUAAGACUCACUGUGUUAUAGGAGAGGAAUCCUAUAAGGAUGAUGAAUUUAGGAAAAACUGUGAUAAAGCAACUUUAUUUAACUGUGUGAGAACUGGCACAAGAGAGAAAUGCUUUGAUCUUAAUGAAUGUGGGAAAUCCUGUGACAAAACCACCACUGUGAAAUAUGAUAAAGUUCAUCUGGCUAUAACAAACUCUGAAUAUAAUGAAAAUGGGAAUAACUUCAGCAGGCUCUUACCUCUCACUCAUUCUCAGAGAACUUUUAAAGAACAGGGUGCUUUUGCAAGCAAUAAAUGUGAAGAAAAGUUGAGCCAGAGCUCAACCCAUUUAGUACAAAAAACACAAAUUAGAGAUGAAUUUUGUGCAUAUAAUGGAUGUAUAAAUGCCUUCUAUCAGAAAUUAGACCUUAUAGUAUGUCAGAGAACUCACACAGAAGAGGAACUCUACCAGUGUGAUAAAUAUGAGAGGUCCUUCCAUCAAAACUCAGCCCUCAGUGUACAUCAGCAAAGUGAAACUGGAGAGAAGUCAUUUGAAUGUAAUGAAUGCAGGAAAUCCUUUUACCAGAAAGCACAACUCAUUCAUCAUCUGAGGACCCGCUCAGAGGAGGAACCUGAGAAAUGUGAGGAAUGUGGGGAAUCUUUUUAUUCAAGUUCACACCCUACUCAUUAUCCUGGAACUGAUAUGAGGGUCAGUCUCUGUGAAUGUAAUAAAUGUGGGAAAACUUUCUGUCAAAAGUCAAACAUCCAUGAAAAUCUGACAAUUCACACAAAGGAUUAUGAUAACAGUGGAUGUGGGAAAUCUUACAAGAAGUCUGCUCUCAUAGUACACCAGAGAACACACACAGGAAUGAAACUCUGUCAAAGUAACAUAUAUGGGAAAACAUUCUCCAAGAUGGGACAUCUCAAAGAACAUCAGAGAAUUCACACAGAGGAGAAAUCCUACAAAUGUAUUGAAUGUGGGAAAACUUUCUCUAAGACAUCACAUCUCAGAGCACAUCAGAGAAUUCACACAGGCGAAAAACCUUACAAAUGUAUUGAAUGUGGGAAAACUUUCUCUCACAAGACACACCUUAGUGCACAUCAGAGAGUCCAUACUGGGGAGAAACCCUAUGAAUGUAACAGAUGUGGGAAAACUUUUGCUGAUAAUUCAACCCUCAGAGCACAUCAGAGAAUUCACACAGGGGAGAAACCCUAUGAAUGUAAUGAAUGUGGGAGGUCCUUUGCCCAUAUAUCUGUUCUCAGAGCACAUCAGAGAAUUCAUACAGGUGAGAAACCCUAUGAAUGUAAUGACUGUGGGAGAUCUUUUGCCCAUAAUUCAGCCCUUAGAGCACAUCAGAGAAUUCACACAGGGGAGAAACCCUAUGAGUGUAGUGACUGUGAAAAAACUUUUGCCCAUAAUUCAGCUCUCAGAGUACAUCAGAGAAUUCAUACAGGGGAGAAACCAUAUGCAUGUAAUGAAUGUAUGAAAACAUUUGCCCAUAAUUCAGCUCUCAGAGCACAUCAGAGAAUUCAUACAGGGGAGAAACUCUAUGAAUGUAAUGAAUGUAGGAAAACUUUUUCACAGAAGACACAUCUCAGUACACAUCAGAGAAUUCACACAGGGGAGAAACCUUAUGAAUGUAGCGAGUGUGGGAAAACCUUCUCUCAGAAAUCAUACCUCAGUGGACAUGAGAGAAUUCAUAAAGGGGAAAAACCUUAUAAAUGUAAUGAAUGUGGGAAAACAUUUGUCUAUAAGGCAGCCCUCAUAGUCCAUCAAAGAAUUCACACAGGAGAGAAACCCUAUGAGUGUAAUGAAUGUGGGAAAACUUUCUCCCAAAGAACACACCUCUGUGCACAUCAGAGAAUCCACACAGGGGAGAAACCUUAUGAAUGCAAAGAAUGUGGGAAAACUUUUGCUGAUAAUUCAGCCCUCAGGGCACAUCAGAGAAUUCAUACAGGGGAGAAACCCUAUGAGUGUAAUGAAUGUGGGAAAACUUUCUCCAAGACAUCACACCUCCGGGCACAUCUGAGGACUCAAACAGGGGAGAAACCCUAUGAAUGUAAUGAAUGUGGGAAAACUUUCUCCCAGAAGUCAUAUGUUAUUGCACAUCAGAGAAUUCACACAGGGGAGAAACCCUAUGAAUGUAAUAUAUGCGGGAAACCUUUUGCCCAUAAUUCAACCCUCAGAGUACAUCAGAGAACUCACACAGGUGUAAAAUCCUAUGAAUGUAAUGAAUGUGGGAAGACUUUCUCCCAGAAGUCACACCUUAGUGCACACCAGAGAAUUCACACAGGGGAGAAACCUUAUGAGUGUAAUGAAUGUGGGAAAGCUUUUGCACAAAAUUCAACUCUCAGAGUACACCAGAGAAUUCACACAGGAGAGAAACCCUAUGAAUGUAAUGAAUGCAGGAAAACUUUUAUCCGUAAGGCAGCGCUUAGAGUACAUCACACCAGAAUGCACACCAGAGAGAAAACCCUUGCAUGUGGUGAAUUGGGGAAGUCCUGAAGGGACUCAUACCUUAAUUGAUAAUACACAGUAAAAAAAGCUCAUGUCACAGACUGGCAGAUUGUUUCCCUUAAACAUUUCCUUGUCCACUAGGCACAUGGUUUGUCUAAUUUCCCAGUCUUUCAUUUGAGUGAUACUGGUCAUGGAAUAUGACACUAUAACAUUUAAGCUAAGUCUAGCUUUCAAAAAUCACCGUACAUUCUUUCUGUCCUAUGUUAUGUUGGAAUAGAGAUAUUGCCAGGGCAGACUUGGCAUGUGUAUUAAACAUGGAAGAACACAAGGUGAAGGAAGCCAAAAUCUGAAUAACUGUGUGAAACAGUUCUCCACUAACAGAUCUUCACAAGUUGACUUAAAAAAACUACUCUGUUGAGCUCUUAAAGAUUCUGUUCUGUUUGUUAAAUGCACAUAGGUAAUUCUGUUGCAAUGGGACAAAACCCUAUGAAUAUCAUGUCAGAAGACCUAUAAAAUUCAGCCUGUCAUUGUACAUCAGAGACUUCACGUGAGGAAGAAAACUGUCAACAUCUUGACUUGAUCAGAAGCUUUCAUUAAAAAUUAGAGCAAUCUCAGGGAAAAACACAAAAGCCUUUACUACAUAUUUAAUAGCCGAUAAGAUUUGACCAAAAUCUUAUAUUUUGAUAAAUGAUAUUUUUUAACAACUAUGGAAAGUUUGCUCCAGGUAAUUUUUUUUUCCUGAGGAAAUGUAUGUUUCAGAAUUGAAGAUAAAAUCUUCACCUAGAACUGAUGUACCUAAAUUUGUGCUUUAUAUGUAACAUCAAAUUUUAUAGAAAAUAUAUAAUAAAAUAUUCUAUACACAAACUCACCAUAGAAUGUGAAGUUUUAAAGAUGGAAGGAUUAUUUGAAUUCUGUGGACAAUACCAAUAAAUGUUCGUGGCUAGU